GCAGGGGCGGAGCCGCCGCGGGAGGAAGUCCGAAGCCCCGCGGGCGCGCGCAGGCGAUGGUGCCGCUCCGGCGACUGCUCGAAGGCGCGCGCCGGCUGGUCCGCAGGUCGGCGGUGGAGGCUGCGCCCUGGGGGGUGAAGUCAGUCAAGGGAAGCUGCCAUAAUUUUUGUACUGCUUCAUCUAAAGAUAUCACUUACAAGGAACUUAAAAACCUGUUGAAUUCCAAAAAAAUUAUCUUAAUUGAUGUUAGAGGAGCACAGGAAAUUCUUGAGCAUGGAAAAAUUCCUGGAUCUGUCAACAUACCAUUGGCUGAAGUAGAUGAAGCUCUACAGAUGGACCCAGAAGACUUCAAAGACAAGUACAAGGAAGCAAAGCCACUUAAAUCUGAUAGAGUGGUGUUUUCUUGUUUGGCCGGAUUGAGAAGCAAGAAGGCUUUGGGUACAGCCAUAUCUCUGGGAUUUGACAGUGCUCAACACUAUCCCGGAGGAUGGAAGGAAUGGAAGGAAUAUGAAUUUCCAGAUAGGAAACAAGGAAAAUGACUUGGAAUACAAGCUGGCUCUUCUCUUGUAUACAUGCAGCCUAAGAUAAUGGAAUGCACAAAAAUAAAUAAAUAAAAAUCUAGUCCUGA